AUGGACAACGAAGGAGGACUUAUGGUAUCCGCUAUAGUUUAUGUUGUUGUCACCUACCUUCUGAACACUGGUCUUGGCUUACAAGCCAUGAAGAUAGGCGAAGAAUGGUCGAUCUUUCUAACCUCCAAUGCACGGGUAAAAGAAUACCACUGGUUUUCCCUGGUUUAUCAAGCAACAAAUAGGCUAAUGUUCAAUGCGGCAUACAAGGUCUCUAAUUACACAUCUGCAGAAAGGUACGCGAAAGAACUUCUUAUCAUACAUCACGCUUCUGGUGACACACUUAAGGAAGGGGAACUAAGCUUGAAACUGGGACAGAUAUAUCAGAAACAGAAUAAAUUUGAAAAGGCUACAGAAUACUUUCAAAAGGCAGCUGAUAUAACAAGAAGUACUGGAGACAAAAAAAUAGAGGCACAAUGUUCCAUGAUGAUAGGAAAAUUAUUGAAUUCGCCGUGUGAAUAUCACAAGGCUGAGGAGUAUUACAAGAAAGCACUAACAAUCACUGUGUCAAAUGGCGACAGAGAUAGCAAAGUAACCAUUUACGGAAACCUAGCUACAAUCGCUCAGUCGCUUGGGGAAUACGACAGAGCUAAGCAAUAUUACAAGAAAGCACUUGCAGUGAGACAGGAGAUUGGCCACAGAGAAGGAGAAGCAGCUGACUACGGAAACUAA